AUGGCUUUUUUAGCAACACCAUCACCUAGAGCUAAAUCCUGUUCCUUUGCACCUCUUCAGUGCUCAAAUCAAAGGCCAAGACGAAGAGUAAUUCCAAUUGUCAGGGCAGCAUCAGCGCCAGUGGAAGAAAGUGAAGAAAAAAUCGAGAAUUGGCAGGAUUUACUAUCCGACGUGGUGGUGAAGAGGAAAAGGAAUGUGUAUUGGGGUAGAAAGUGGAAUUCUUUGGACAUUGGUACAGUUGGGGUGGUGGCGGCCAUGCAUUUUUUGAGUCUUUUUGCUCCAUUUACAUUCAAUUGGGGUGCUUUUUGGAUUGCUGUUGGAUUGUAUGUGAUCACAGCUCUUGGUAUCACCCUUUCUUUUCAUCGAAACCUUUCCCACAGGAGUUUCAAACUUCCUAAGUGGCUUGAAUAUUUCUUUGCCUAUUGUGGUGUCCAAGCACUUCAGGGGAAUCCAAUUGACUGGGUGAGUACACAUAGAUACCACCAUCAAUUUUGUGAUUCCGACAAAGAUCCUCACAGCCCGGUUGAAGGAUUUUGGUUCAGUCACAUGAGUUGGCUCUUUGACACUAAUGCUGUUGUGAAGAGGUGUGGAAAUCCCACCAAUGUUGUUGAUUUGGAGAAGCAGCCGUUCUAUAAAUUCCUCCAAAGCACUUAUAUUAUCCAUCCAAUGGCAUUUGCAGCUAUCUUGUAUGCGGUUGGAGGGUUUCCUUAUAUUGUCUGGGGAAUGGGAGUGAGAAUCGUGUGGGUAUACCACAUCAUGUUUGUGAAUUCAGCUUGCCAUGUUUGGGGAAAUCAGGUCUGGAACACUGGUGAUCUUUCCCGGAAUAACUGGUGGGUUGCAUUGCUUGCAUUUGGAGAGGGCUGGCAUAACAAUCACCAUGCUUUCGAACAUUCAGCUAGACAUGGACUGGAAUGGUGGCAAAUUGACGUGACUUGGUAUGCAGUGAGGCUACUUCAAGCGAUUGGAUUGGCCACUGCUGUUAAGCUACCGACCGAAUCUCAGAAGCAGAGAAUGGCCUUCAACAAUUGAUUACAGGAUUUGUCAUUGAUUCAUUGGAGGGUGAAUUUUGCGAUUGAAGAUUAAAAGUACUUGUAGUUCAUUACUUCGAACAGACUUUGGUUAGUUUCUUUGCUAGUAUUUACUAGUAAGAGCAAUAGCCGAUUUUCUUGACUGUCCCAUAUUUGAGAAAACCACACGUUUUUGGAAUGUCACCAUUUACUGCUACUAGUCUACCAUGAACCUGUCUGUUUUCCUAUACAGCAGAUCGUGACAUUUUUAGAUUUUCAUUGAAUAAAAAUUAUGCAUCUAACCAUCAAUAAAUA